AUAUUAAAGUAUGCUAGAUAUCUUACUGAGUGAAGCUUGUUUUGUGAUUUUGUUUCUCGAUCUACAGGUGACAAUUAUUUGGGCUCGUGCGAAGAAGAGGACGACGAACGAGAAAAAAAGCAAAAGAAAAGAGGACUCUUUCCUAAAGUUGCCACCAACCUUUUGAGGACGUGGUUGUUCCAGCAUCUCUCUCAUCCAUACCCAUCUGAGGACCAGAAGAAGCAGUUGUCCCAGGAUACAGGUCUAACCGUUCUACAGGUCAACAACUGGUUCAUCAACGCCAGAAGGAGGAUCGUUCAGCCGAUGGUUGACUAUUCUAAUAGAGCAGGUGGAGAUAUAAAUAGUCCUAGUUCAACGUAUAAGUCAGAUGGUGCUGAAAUAGGGUAUGUGAUGAAUGGAAGCCAGCAGAUGCACAUGAGGUCUUCAGGUAUGCAGAAUCUGUCCUGUGCAGAACCCUCCUCAGGUCACACAGUGGGAUCCUCUGUUCAUGCUCAGUCCAUGCUGCUUCCAGGUUAUCCACACCAGGUCAUGCUACUACCAGGUCAUCCACACUCCAUGAUGAUGGCACAUCCGGGACAACAAGUUGUGGAUUUCAAUGCAACUUAAAUGUUGUGUUUGUAUGGAGACUAUCGAUGGAGAAUGUUGUGUUUAUAUGGGGAUUAUCAAUGGAUAAUGUUGUGUUUAUAUGGGGAUUAUCAGUGGAGAAUGUUGUGUUUGUAUGGGGACUAUCAGUGGAGAAUAUCGUGUUUGUAUGGAGACUAUCAAUGGAGAACUAAACAAAAAAAUGUGCGUCAUUACGUGACGAAAAAAAACCAUGAACUGGAUAUUUUACUCGCAAUAAAUACAGUUUCUAAAGUUCUACAUGGCAUGUUGACUGAAAAUUAAUCUGAGGUGUUUUGUGGUCUCACUAGACACGUGGUUUUCAAGAUAAUUUCCGUGGUUUCUAGCAAGAUUAUAAGGAAGUCAAUAAGGAAGCGUGUGUUAUGUUGAAAUUUGACAUCGCACAAAGACUGCACACUUUUCCCAUAUAUAUUCCUUUAAUUACAUAAAUGUUUGAUCUUAGAGGUCGGGUGUUAUCACUGUGUUAGCAAAUUAUGUUUACAGCUUAAGUGUUAUCACUGUGUUAGCAAAUCAUGUUUACAACUUAAGUGUUAUCACUGUGUUAGCAAAUCAUGUUUACAGCUUAGGUGUUAUCACUGUGUUAACACAUUAUUUUUACACCUUAGGUGUUAUCACUAUGUCAACAAAGUAGGUUUACAGGUCGGAUGUUAACAAAGUAGAUUUACAGAUCGGGUGUUAUCAUUACGUUAACAGAGUAGAUUUACAGGUUGAGUUUUAUCACAGUGUCAACAGAGUAGGUUUACAGGUCGGUUGUUAUCACUGUGUCAACAGAGUAGGUUUACAGGUCGGCUUUUAUCACAGUGUCAACAGAGUGGGUUUACAGGUCGCGUGAUAUCACUAUGUUAACACAGUAGAUUUACUUAAUUAUUAAGCUUAAAUAUUAUGGUCAGUGUUCAGAAAAAUGUCUGUACAAUGUGAAUGUUUUUUGGUCAUAGAAAUACAUGUACUUAUUCUUCUAGUGUAGAUGUUUCCUGUUUCUCAAAUAAAAGUUUUCAUUGAUUCGCGUAA